AUGCCUGCCGCCGGGGCGCUGCUGGCCGUCUGCGGCCUGGUCCUGAGUGUCUUGGGGAAGCCUUCGCCAGACUUUUGCUCCCAGAUCCUUAAGUCAGAUGUGAAACCAGGAUUUCCCAAGACCAUCAAGACCAACAACCCAGAUGUCCUCAGGGCGGCCCGACACAGCGCCGAGAGCUUCAACAACUGCAGCAAUGACGCCUUCUUGUUCCGGGAGUCCCGCAUCAGCAGAGCCCUUGUCCAGAUAGUGAAAGGCCUGAAGUUCAUGCUGGACGUGGACAUUGGCAGAACCACCUGCAGGAAGAACGGGCAUGCAAACCUGGAUGGCUGCGGCUUCCAGACCAACCGUACCCUGCAGUGGACCCUCAGCUGCUACUCUGAAGUCUGGGUCAUCCCCUGGCUACAGACUACCGAGGUGUCCAUCCUCCACUGUCACUGACCGCCGCCUCCCAGCUCUGUCCCUGCUGUCACCAGUCCUCGGGAACGGCAUCUGCCAGGAACAGAAUGGUGGCGCCAGGA